AUGGCAAAUAAAUUAAUUCAUUUCUAUUUACAUAAUGUGUGUUAUAUGGAAUUAUAUCAUAAUAAUAAAAGAAAUGCUGCAAUUGAAACGACACACAAUCAAGAUGAUCAAACGAUAAUGGAUAUCGAUCUGGAAAAAAUUGAUGUAGGCACUCAGACAGAGUUCCUCACAGAUACCACUAUGAAUCAAUUUGGAACAACAACAACAACAACAACAACAACAACAACAAGUUCUAACACGGUAUUUAGUAUUAAUCUUUCUACACCAUGUUCAACAGCUACUUCGAAUUUUACUGAUUCAUUGGGAAAGACUUCUAUCGAAUUACCUUUUUAUCGAGUAUCCAAGUCUCAUAAAAAAUGUUCGAUAUGUGAAAAGAAUUUUUCUGAUUUUUCGUCUUUUUUUGUGAGCGCAUCUGAAAUGGAUUUAUAUGAAUUUAUUCAGGAACAUAGAGUUACAGAAAUGAUUCUUGUAGAAAUGUUCAGUCAAAUUGUCGACGCAAUGACAUUUCUCGCGCAUAAUAACAUUAUUCAUGGCGAUUUAGCGUGUCGAAAUGUUCUUGUAUUCCGUUUUGAUGCAAAUAAUCCGGUGAAAAAUCUUGUUAAAAUUACUGAUUUUGGGCUUAGUCGUGCAAGUUCACUAUAUUCUAUUGCAGGAAGUCCAUCAUCAUCGCUAAGCAUAGUUCCUACCCGCUACGUGGCGCCAGAAGUUCUGGCUAAUAAUAAUGUUGAGUCUUACUCAGAGAAAUCUGACAUUUAUUCGAUGGGAGUGCUGAUGUGGGAAGCAUAUUCCCCUGGAAUGUUACCAUGGAAUUCGAUGGAUAAUAAAGACAUUGUUUAUCGAGUGAUGAACGGUGAGCGAUUGCAACUACCAGAAACUUGUUCUGACGACAACUGGAGUGUAAUCGUAACAUGCAUGAUUCAGGAUCCAAACGAUCGACCAACUUUUGCAGCAAUGAAACGUACUCUUUUGGAAGCUCAAUUUCGUGCUAAUUUUCAUCAUUUAUCAAAUAACAACAACAUGGCAGUAGGUUCAAAAAAACAACAGCGUGUUAGCAUUAAGGUUGCCAUGGCGUCUCCAGAUCCUUCCUCCAGUACCCAUGAUUGUGGAAAAGUAUUCCACGAACAAAAAAUGCUUAAACAUCACCAGUUAUGUAAUCGAUGUAACAGAUAUAUUCUUCGAGCUAUAUUCACGUAUCAUUACGAGAAUAACUGUCAUAAUCCAGACGAAGAAAAUAAAGAACCAUCUCCUCCACCACCAGUUCCUGCAAGAGCUACAACUGCAACAACCCAUCGACAGAACAAGAUUGACAGUCCCAUCGAUAAUCGAAAAUUCGAGCGAAUAGCACGUCCAACUAUUUUUGACAGUGAUAAGGAGAAUGAAUCACAAAUAUCACAAUCAUUGAAAAAUCGUAUAAAUGAGUCGAUUCAAGAGCGAACAUUUGAUCGAACAUUACGUUCAGAUAUUUUUAAUGAUGAUGGUAGACCACAAAGUUCUCAUUCAUCAAGACAUCAUCACGAUCAUGGAGGACGUUCAUCAGAGUAUGAUACAAGAGCUAUGGAAUAUCCCAUGAAUAAUACAAAUUUUCAAAUAGAUUCAAGUGGAAAAAUUCUUGGCAUAUCAUCAAAUAAGAAACAGCAACGAAAUGACACUAGACCAAACGAUGGUAGAAAUGACCAAGAACAAACAAUCACAUGUGAAUUUUGUAAUCAACUUUGCGCAUUCGCCGAUUAUGAAGGCCACAAAAAAUAUUGUUUAAAAAACCGAAAAAUAAAGAUGAAUGAUCGAAAACGAACAUACACAGAUCAAGAUAGGAACAAUGGAGCAACAAGUAUAGAAGAUGAUGUUCAAAUUCCAUGUGAAUUUUGCAAUGAACCAGUUAGUUUACAAGAACUCAUGAAUCAUACGAGACGUUGUGCUGAUUUAGACCGUAAACAUAUACGUGAUAGAUUGCGUGAUAUCGAAAAUGAACCAGUGACAGAAAAAAUGCCAUGUGAAUUUUGUGAAAAACAAGUUGAUGCUAAAGAAUUAAAUAUUCAUGAAGUGGAUUGUGCUAAAAAUCCAAGAAUUAUUGCAUAUGAAGAACAGAGAAAACAACGUUCAAAUAAACGUCCAGAUCCAACGAAAAUACCAAAAUCUUCUACGAGUCAAGAUGCCAAUAGUUCCGUUUUAUUAUCCGAUUUAGCAAGCCGAUAUCCACGAAGCAAUUCCAGAGACCAGUUGUCAGUUCGCGCUCACGACACAAAAUCAGAAGAUCUAAUUAAUCGAAUAAAUGCAGUGAACCAACGCAGCGAUUCGUCCAAAAAUAAUCGUGCACAAUAUUUAAGUAUUGACAUUGAUCGUACUAAAGAAGCUAAUGAACACAUCAGAACCACAACUACUCGUAACUUGCCACAUGAUACCUAUGGUUCUGGUUCUCACUUGGUUCGUCCUAGUUCGAGAGAAAAUUUAUCAAGGAAAUAUGAUACCGAUGAGAGAAAUGGGCAUCAUCAUCCUUUAACGAGUCUUGAUAAUAACAGACAUCAUUCACCAGCGUAUACAUCGUUGCCGUUUCGUCCGAGUAGUGCCGAUCAUUUAUCACAAGAUACAGUCUCGUCUCGAUUCAAACCAAUAGAGCCCGACACAGACUAUCUAAGUCAUUCCAAAAAUAAAAAUGAUACAAAACGUUCUCAAGAGACAUCGUUUCCUAUCGGUGAUUAUAGUAGUGGUUAUGAUAGAUCUGCUUCCUCAACGUUACGUCGUACUGGUAGUGGUAAUGGUUUAUUGAACAACCGAUCGAAUGAAUAUUUAAAUGGACGUGCAUCAUUACCAUUAGAAGUACGGAAUAGCGCAUUUAAAAAUGUGCAAGAUCGUAAUGGUAUCGCAGCUAACAACAAUACUUCUAAAACUUCUUUGUAUAAUCCCGAUAAUUUUUCCAGUAACACACGUCGAAAUAUCAACGACUCGAGAUUCAUAAAAACAAAUACUCUAGUACGUGCUGACCAUAGCAUAGAAUAUCAAUCAUUACCUGUUGAUCGUCCUCGAAAUAAAGAAAGUAAGUAG